AUGCUUGAUCUUAUUGAUAGAAUCAUUGUACCAGCAAUCAGAGAUCAGAUAAUGAAGACGCAAGAUAAGGAUAGUAAAUACUUUAGAAAGAGACACAGAAUCUUGGAAAAUCCUUAUCCUGUUGGAUCUACUGUGAUGAUAAAGAAUAUUGAGAACAAGAACAGAAAGACGGAUCCAAAUUAUGAAGGUCCAUUUUGCGUUCAUGGUCAUUCUAGAAAUGGAAGCUAUAUUCUUACUGAUAGAACAAACUCGUUCUUAGCUAGAGAUGUACCUACGCAGCAAAUCAAGUUGAUUAGCACGAGUGAUACUAGAGACAAUCCUUCAAAUGCGUAUGUCGUUGAAGCUAUUAUCAAUCACAAAGGUAGCGCACCCAAUUACAAGUAUUUGGUAAAAUGGAAAGGUUAUAGUGAAGAUUGGAAUUCAUGGAAACCUCCAUCUUUGUUUGAUUCUCCUGAUGUGGUCAAGCAGUAUUGGGCGCGAGUAAAUGCUAAUAAUAGCAAGGCAUCUAAGGGCAAGGCACCGAAAGCUCUGAGUACCCGAGAGAUUGCUACGUGA